UUUACCUCUCCAGAGGCAUAUGUGUUUACCGAUUGGAUGUAGCUGAGCAACCUAAAGCUUCUGUAUUUGCUUUGCUAAUAUGAGGGCAGGAGCAAGGUGGAGAACUCAAAUAAACAGAGUCUAGCUGAUAAAAAGUACCGAGACAAAGUUACUGGAAAAUGAGACUUUAUCCUGAUAUUGGAAGAAUGAAACUGGGCAACAGCACCCCUUUCCCCCUUCUCAGCACUGACCUCCAAUGGAAAUAUCUACUAGAACAUGAUCCUCAAGGUGAAGGUGGAAAAAAGCUCAAACUGGAAGGCAAGGAGUUGAUGUCAGUGCCUCGCCAGCUCUUUGCACUUGAAGGACUGCAAGUUUUAGAAAUGAGCCCAGAACGAAAGAGCUGCUUGAGGUAUUCCCUGGAUUUUAUCCCCCAUGAAAUUGGCCAUUUAAGGAACCUAACCCUACUCUACCUGGACUCCAACAACUUGAAAGAUGUUCCUGUUGAAAUUGGUUUGUUAAUCAAGUUGGAAAGACUUACCCUCAGUAACAACAAUUUAACUUUUCUGCCGAAGGAAAUUGGAGACCUACAGAGACUCCGCAGCCUCCAUUUGGCUAACAAUAGUCUGACAGAGUUUCCAGAAUCCCUUUGUCAGCUGAGGAACUUGGUCUUCUUAGAUGCCACCGAUAACCAAAUGAGCACCAUCCCUGAUGCCAUCCACCAGCUACAGAAACUGGAGACGUUGCUGCUACUUUUCAACUCCCUCAAGCAUUUGCCAAGAGGAAUCUGUUCAUUAAAAACAUUGACGACCCUUUGGCUAGGCCACAACAAGCUAGAGGAACUCCCAUCCAGUUUUGGACAGUUGGUUCAUCUGGACUGGGGCAGGAAUUAUUGUUCUUGUAAUUUUGAAGGGAAUCCAUUAAAACACCCACCUCUUGAAAUCUGCAGUGGUGGGCCUGCUGAGAUCAGAGAGUAUUUUGCCUCACUAAAGGAACAGAAAGAGAUCUGAGUGGUUUGAGUGGUGGACUGGAAGACCAAAGUUAGAAAAUAAAAAUCUACUACGCGGUCUUGGUUAAAUCACCCUCUCUCUGUUUAAGGAGAAGGCAAUGGCAUGCUCUGAAUCAAUAUGGAAAUGAAAACACCAUGGUACGGCCACCGUAAGUUGCAUUCACGUUAAAAGCACAUAACAACAAGAAAAAAGAGUAGGCAUUUUUAUGCGUGUUCCAUUUGGGGAGGGUUAUAUUGAACAGAAUUAGGCAUGUCUAUUUUGCAUGAA